AUGGCAAAGCUGGAUAGUGAACCCGAGGAUCGAGCCUCAAAUAGCGAUGAGGAGUGUUGUAUUUGCGUACAAAGGCGAGCCUCAGUACGUGCGUUUCCUUGUGGUCAUAAAGUCUUUUGUAGAAAAUGUGCUGUUCAUUUGAUUGAGCUAGUUCUCGUUCAUAUUCACUGGGAGUCAGAAAGUUGCUGUCCGACGAGCACUAUAGUGACAGUGAUAGUGAUAAUAUAUAUUAAUUUGCAGUUAGCGUUGAAAGAGAAUCGCGUCCGAGUGAAUUGCAUAAUUUGUCGACAGGAUAUCGCGCGUUUGCAGUACUCGCGACCAUCCAAAGUUGUCAAGAUCCACACGCAGCAAUCACCGUUGCAGUUUUGUUCAUCGCUUUCAACAACGCAUAAUAGCCAUACGAAUAGUUUCAAUAAUAAUUAUUAUCAUAAUUCAACUAAUCAUUUUUGUAAUUGUAAUUCGCAUCCAUAUCAUCCUUCUUCAACUUCUUCGUCCACUUCAUCAUACUCAUAG